CUUCAACUAUUACUAAAGCCAUCAAAGAAUGACUCGUGAGCGAGAGAGCAAGCGUAGUCGCUGCGACAGCGACUCCCCCACUCGUGAGGACUGCUUUCCUCAGAGUCCGUACCUCCGCUCCCAAAGCAUCCUAAGAAAUUGGGAUGUCGUUCCUCCUCUUGACGUCCAGGGCCAAGAUGCUCCGUCACCUUCAUCUGCUUCAUCUAGUGCGCCCUCUACUUCUACACCCUCCACUGGCUCGUCUGCGUACAAUCCUUUUCGACUGGGUGAGGGAGCUAUCUUCGUCGGACACGUGAACACAGACUUAGACUCAGUCGCAGGGGCAAUUGGCGCAGCUGCGUUAUUUAACGGAACGCCAGCUAUCUCGGAAGAAAACUUGAAUGGUACUUAUUAAACACAUUUCUUGGGAUUGAAAAGGUUGUCAAUUAUUAUUUUUCUCUCUUACAACUAGUCACUACAAGUAGAAUCAGUUAGGCUCUCACCGCAUCAUCGUGAUGAUCAUGAUAUCGUGCUCGCAAUUGCGUCUCCCAACCGCAUCAAGAUCCACUAAAUCUUUAUCUUUCCACCUCAGGUGAAAUCCUCUUCGCUCUGAAAGCCAGCGGCUUUGCUGCUCCAGAACUAUUCUCCAAAAUUGAGGACAGAGGAAGCCGCAACAUCUGCCUUGUGGACCAUACUGAGCCGAAGCAGAUGGUUCCGGAGAUCCGAGAGAAGUUGAUGCAGAACAUCGUAGGCGUCAUAGAUCACCACGCUCUGGCGCGCUCUUUCGCAACCGACAGCCCGAUUUUUAUGGACCUGAGGCCAUGGGGCAGCAUGUCCACGAUUGUCACGCACUUGUUCUUGCAGCUGCAGUUGGUACUUAUAUAACUUCCUUUUUCUUGACAGCACCUGGUAUAAUUGCAUACUAAAUUAUACUGGCUACUUUUUUGCAGUGAGGACAAUCAAAUGCCAGCAAUUAUUUUGAUGAGAGAGACAACAAGAACAUCACGCACAAUUCAAUCCCCAAACUUACACACACACAACAGCCAAUCUCCAAGAGUCUAGCGCAGUUGCUGAUGUCUGCAAUUCUCUCCGACACUUUGAACUUAAGAGGCCCAACGACCACCAAGGAAGACCGCUUUGCAGUGACUUUGUUGGCGCUUCGCGCUGGCUUCGGAAGUGAGGAAGAAGUGACCGCUUACGCACACGAAAUGUUCACCGCCAAAACUCAGUGGAUCGCUUCUUUGGGUGCAAAAAGCAUGUGCCGCGCAGACUGCAAGGAAUUCACUGCUACAGCUGCUGGCGGAGAUGCUGAUCGAGAGAUUAAAUUCGGAAUCGCAGUCUUAGAGAUUGCCGGAGUAGCUUCCGUGUUGUUUGACAAAGCGCCUCCUGAAGAAAUUUGCCAAGAGCUGGAAGUCGUGAAGAAGGAGAAGAACCUAGCCGCCAUCUUCCUGUGCAUCGUGGACGUGUUGGCUCAAGGCUCCGUAGUUGUGCUUGUCAGUGAAACUGAGCGCAAGAUUUGCGACAAGGCUUUCCCUGGCACUGCUGACAUCAGUGGUCAGUAUCAAGGAGUGGUCAAUGACGAGGAGUGUCCGGAAAGAGUGCGCACUUUGGGUCCCUACGUCAGUCGCAAGAAGGAGUUUAUGCCCAGAUUCACCAAAGCCGUUACAGAGGUGCUUUAA